CUCUACAUUCAUCUAAAUCUUGCAGGUUUAAUUAAUUAUAGCAUGGCUUCGCUGGUAUUGCUGCCGAUGCAAAGACUGCAGAUGAUGAAGUUGCCAAAGGUUCAGUCAGAUCGAAAAAUGGCAAGUAAUUGUGGUAAAAAAUCGGCCUUAAAAGAGCUGCGGAAAUUAACAAAAAUAGUUGCCGAUACGGGCGACUUUGUGAAACUGAAAAAGUAUAAAGCGACGGAUGCAACAACAAAUCCCUCAAUUAUAUUAGCCGCAUCACGAAUGGAAAGCAAUCUUAAACUUAUAUGCGAAGCAAUCGAGUAUGGAAAGUGUCAAGAGGGACCUGUAGAUAAGCAAGUAUCCGAAGCUGUGGAUUACUUGACCGUAUUAUUUGGAAGCGAAAUUCUAAAGAUUGUACCUGGAAGAGUGUCAACAGAAAUCGAUGCUCGACUUUCCUUCAACGUCAAUGGGAGUGUGGAGAAAGCAUUGAAAUUAAUUGAUUUAUACACUGAUUUUGAUGUAGACAAAAAGCGAAUUCUUAUCAAGUUGGCUUCAACAUGGGAAGGCAUUCAAGCAGCCAAAAUUCUGGAAAGAGAUCACGGUGUACAUUGUAUUCUUACGCUCAUGUUCUCAAUAGUUCAGGCAAUAGCUUGUGCCGAGGCUGGAGUUACACUGAUCUCACCAUUUGUUGGCCGCAUUUUGGAUUGGUAUGUGGCCAACACAGAUUGUAAGAAAUUCGAGUCACAGGAUGAUCCAGGCGUAGUUUCAACUACGCAGAUUUACAACUAUUAUAAGAAGUUUGACUACAAGACCCAAGUCAUGGGUGCAUCCUUCAGAAAUAUUGGCCAAAUCAAGGCGCUAGCUGGCUGUGAUCUGCUGACCAUCAGUCCCGCCCUGUUGGAGGAAAUGGAAAAGGAUGAGAGUGAAGUAAAGUGCUAUUUAUCAGUUGAAAGUGCCAAGAAAGCGGACAUUCAGAAAGUAUCUGUAGACGAGGGUCAGUUUAGAUACAAGCUCAAUGAUGAUGCAAUGGCCUCAGAUAAACUAUCUGAUGGCAUUCGUAAGUUUGCAAUAGAUACUUUAAAACUGCAGAACUUAAUUAAAGAAUAUUGUAGCUAUUAA